CACCACCACCACAUCACAGCCACCAUCUGCAAUUAACAAGCACUCCCCUUUUCCCUCUGCCAUUAAAAGAAAAUAAUAAGUAAAAGAACCCUAACCCUAGAAAUCCAAAAGGAGAAGGAUUAACCGCGUCGGAGUUGGAUUUCAAAGCCUGUUGAUGCUGAGUUUUGGUGAAGUUGAAGAGGAUCGAAGAGAGGGUUCUUCCAAUAAAUGCUCUCUCUAUAUCUCCCCUUCAAAGUUGAUUCCUUUUUCAUGUCUUCUUCAGUCACACCCUCUUUAUUCUCUGCACAUUCAGGGUUUUCCCAAGCCCUAGACUUUGAUCUUUGUUCUAUACCUCUCGUUUCUUCUCAAACUUCUCCUUUGUAUAAGACAUGACUGAUUCUAAGGUAUUUGUUUUCGGAUCCUUCACCGAAGAAGAAACCAGGUCAUUGCUGUCGAAGCAGUCCCCCGGAAAAUCUGAAAAGCCUGUGGAAAAGAAGGAAUUGCAAUUUGGUUCUUUCGAUUUUUCAGAUGGAGGAUCUUUGGGGAGUACCAAUGGUAAUUUAAGCAACAAGCCAAGUUCUAUGAAUGGACCAGUUGAAUCUUUAUCCUCAAGUUCUCUAUUUGAGGGUGUAAAAAGUAGAAAAACAACUACAGAUUGUUCCUCGAGUGCACUUCAAACUCCAAAAGAAAUUCUAAAUGCUAAGAGUUCCAGAAGUAACUGUAUCCUCAACAAUGGCAUAAAACGGCUGAAUGCAGAAGGCAUUGAUUUAACUCAACUGCAAUUAUCCAAAAAUAAAUGUGGUCCCUUGAAUGAUUCUCAGAGUUCGAAAUUUUAUGUCCUUGAGAGUGGAGUUAUAGAGGGUGGAGAUCAAAAUGGGAAUGAGAUGAAUGAUGUUUUGUUAGGAAGCCCUGUUCAAGGAGACAUUUCAAAAGAAGCCGAGGAUCCAAUUAAACUUGUUAAAAACUUAUCACCCCGUGGCUUGAUUAACUCUGGGAAUUUAUGCUUUCUCAAUGCCACUUUACAGGCUCUCCUAUACUGUUCUCCUUUUGUUCAGCUCUUACAGCAACUUAGACUUCGUAAUAUACCCAAGGUUGGCUAUCCAAUAUUAACUUCUUUUGCUGAGUUUAUAUCCGACUUUAAUGUGCCACCCACCGAUCCUAAUUUGAAGAGAAAGGAUACAACGGCCCUUGAGAUUGGUAGACCAUUCAGUCCUGUCAUGUUUGAAUCUGUCCUUAAAAGCUUUACUCCAGAUGUGCCAAAUAGCAUAUCUGGUAGGCCAAGGCAGGAAGAUGCUCAGGAAUUUCUAAGUUUUAUCAUGGAUCAAAUGCAUGAUGAAUUGGUUAAGCUUCAAGGGCAGUCCGAUAGCUCAAAUGGGGUCAGGUCGUCACUAGUUUCUUCUGCAGAAGAUGAUGAAUGGGAGACUGUUGGACCAAAAAACAAAUCUGCUGUCACAAGAACUCAAAGCUUCCUUCCAUCCGAGUUAAGUGAUAUUUUUGGAGGACAGUUGAGAAGUGUGGUGAAGGCUAAAGGAAAUAAACCUUCUGCUACUGUUCAACCAUAUCUAUUGCUCCACCUUGAUAUACAUCCUGAUGCUGUUCAUACUAUUGAGGAUGCACUUCAUUUGUUCUCAGCACCAGAAUAUCUAGAGGGUUACCGUGCAUCAACAGCCGGGAAGGCUGAUGUUGUUGCUGCCAAAAAAUCUGUCAAGAUACAGACACUUUCGAAGAUAAUGAUUUUGCACCUGAUGCGUUUUAGCUAUGGAAGCCAGGGGAGUACCAAGCUGCAUAAGCCUGUACACUUCCCACUUGAGCUGACACUGGGUCGGGAGCUACUUUUUUCUCCAUCCACCGAGGGCCGGAAAUAUGAACUUGUUGCUACGAUAACCCAUCAUGGAAGAGAUCCCUCCAGGGGGCAUUAUACUGCUGAUGCUCGUUAUCCCAAUGGCCAAUGGCUGCGCUUCGAUGAUGCCUCUGUCACUGCCAUUGGGACAAGCAAGGUGUUACAUGACCAUGCAUAUGUUCUCUUUUAUAAACAAACAUAGAAGCUGUCAUUUUAGACCUCUUCAGUGAAUAUUCAACCUCUGAUUUUCCCUUCCCUUCCCUUUAACCGCUGGUCACGCCUUAUCUUCAAAUGGAGAUUUUGACUGCAACUGAUAUAUAUAUAUAUAUAUAUAAGACGUUCUUAAGUAGUGAUUUUGUUUUGUUUGUUUUCUUAUUAUCAUGAGUUAAGAACAGUCCUAUUAGGUAUGGAGGAAUUAUGCAUGUAUACAAAACAUAGAACAUACGCUAUUGUAUUCUUGUGUAUACAUGUUAUAUUUAUUAUAAGGUAUGCUUUUGGAGAA